AUGUCGGGGUCUGGCGCAGCGGCCGAGAAGGCGGAAUCCAGACAGCGACUCCAGCUGAAGGUGAAUGAAUAUAAAGAAAACCAAAACAUCGCUUAUGUAUCUCUGAGACCAGUGCAGGCUACACUUUUAGGAAAAACAGCUAAGGUUUAUCUUGUCCCUUUUUCACUCAGUAAUCUAGACCAACUUAAGUACUCCAAAUCCCUAAUAGAAAAGAAUUCUAAUAACAAAGUGGCCCGUAAAAAGUAUAAGACUAAAAUAAAAAAAACUUGCGGAAGGAUUUUAACUCCAAAGAUGAAAGCCACGUCUUCCAAGGCAGAGUCCAUUCUGCAAAAAUCAUUCUUAGAUGUUCAUACCGAAAGUGACAAGCCACAACAUAGCAAUUCCGAUACUGUGAUUCCCGGUGUUGAUAUGGAAAGCAGUCAGGAUGGAGACAGUGAUGAAGAUACCACACCAGGCCUGGAUGAUUUUUCAGGAUUGUCACCAUAUGAAAGAAAGAGACUGAAGAACAUAUCAGAAAAUGCAAACUUUUUUGCUUCUCUUCAGUUAUCUGAGUCAGCUGCAAGGCUUCGUGAAAUGAUUAAGAAGAGACGACCUCCUGAAUCUAAGAGGAAGAUAGCACUAAUUAUGCUGGUGCUUUGGGAGCUAAUUGCAAAUCAAGGUGCUAUGGGAGGCUGGACCCAGCAACCUAAAGAAGAUGCAAUUUAUGUUUUUCAACCCCAUAGUCAGUCAAUUAGCUGUCUUUACUUCUCACCUGCCAAUCCAGCCCACAUAUUGUCACUGAGCUAUGAUGGCACAUUACGCUGUGGAGAUUUUUCCAGGGGGAUUUUUGAAGAGGUAUAUAGAAAUGAAAGAAGUAGCUUUUCUUCCUUUGACUUCUUGGCAGAAGAUGCCUCUACUUUAAUAGUAGCACACUGGGAUGGAAAUAUGUCACUGGUAGAUAGACGGACACCUGGAACUUCUUAUGAGAAACUUAUCAAUUCUUCUUUGACAAAAAUAAGAACUAUUCAUGUCCACCCAGUGCAUAGACAGUAUUUUAUCACUGCGGGAUUGAGGGAUGUUCAUAUUUAUGAUGCAAGGCGCCUGAAUGCCAGGGGAAGCCAGCCUUUGAUUUCUUUGACCGAACAUACAAAGAGCAUUGCUUCAGCCUAUUUUUCACCUCUCACUGGUAACAGAGUCGUGACCACAUGUGCUGAUUGUAAGCUGAGAAUCUUUGACAGCAGCUGUAUAUCCUCUCAGAUUCCUCUCCUCACCACCAUCAGGCACAACACUAUCACUGGGCGAUGGCUGACCAGGUUCCAAGCUGUGUGGGAUCCUAAACAAGAAGACUGUUUCAUGAUUGGCAGCAUGGCCUAUCCACGACGGGUAGAAAUCUUCCAUGAGACAGGAAAGAGGGUACAUUCUUUUCUUGGUGGAGAAUGCCUUGCUUCUGUGUGUUCCAUCAAUGCUGUGCACCCGACUCAGUAUAUCAUGGCUGGAGGUAAUUCCAGCGGGAAGAUACAUGUUUUUAUGAGUGAAAAAAACUGA